UUGUCAUCUGUUUUUAUAAUUAAACGUCAAAUUGAGCCAAACAAAAAAGUGAUUUCAGUUCGAUUUCAAAUGAGAAUUGUUUUCUUUUUACUGUAAAAAUGAUUUAAACUUCUGUAUGAAUUGGUGAAGUCUUCUUUUUUUUAGUAUUCUAUACGAAUAAGGAAAAGUUUGAGAGAUCAAUACUUGGGCUAGUUGCAUUAAAAAAUGGGAAACGAAGAUAUUGGCGAAUGUUCACAACAAGGUGACAAUUGCGAGUUUGGUAGACCUUUAAAAAAAGCCAAAUAUGUGUGGCAAGUGAAAGGAAAAUACCAUCUUAAGGCUAGUUAUCAGAAUAAAUCAGAGUCUUCUGUAGAGGAAGACGAAGAAAAACGUCCUUGUGAAUGCGCUCAACAUAAAGUUUCAGAAGAGAGAAAAUGCAUCGAUAAUUUUCUUGCCAAAUCGGAGUCUUUCUUUGACAGUGAAGAAGAAGAGGAAGAAGUCUCCAAAAACAUUGACAAAUCCAUAUCAAACGAAAUUCCCAUAACUUUAGUCUCCCCUUACCCUAAACCCCAAGACUAUUUUUUGCGAAAAUGGCAAGCUAGACAAAUCGCGCGCGGCUACAUCGAAAAUACGAUAAACAGCGUUUUGGAAACUUGGGGCUCUGCCCCUUUCGACGCUGAAGAUUUUGUGGAAAACUGUGAUGAAGAUGGACAUAUUGAAGAUGAAGGGAUUUUAGUGGCAAUUCAAGCACACGGACUUCAAUCUACCAAACCUAAAAAAGAAUACUCCCUGCCUGAACUCGCAGAAAACGCUUUUGAUAAGAUUGACACAGUCAGAAGUCAGAUUCUGAGGCAUGAAUUAGGUCUGGAACCGCCCCCAGAGUGUAACCCUUCAAAAGAUUGUGAACCUGAAAACUUGGGUGUUGAGUACAAUGUAGUCGAUAUCCUAAAUUCUGCAAUUCUAGUUGCCAUUGAAAAAAAGGGGCUGUCGUCCAACAGUGACUAAUUCGAGCAAAGACUGUUCUUUUCUAUUAUAAAUUUUGUAAGAUUUAAUUGGUAUUACUAGAAUUUUAUUUCGUCACUUUGUCAUCACAAAAAUAAAAAUACUUUGAAAGUU